CUUGCAACAGGUCAUCCUCGGCACUCGCGGAAAGACAUCGUGUCAACGCCCGUGACACAUCGACGUCCUCCGGAAGCGGCAACUCGAACUCGAUCGCGUCUUGAACCAUACCGACAUUGAAUUGGAGAGUGACAACCUAGCCCGACAUUCAUUCAAUCAUAUCUCCAACUGCCGCUCUCACGCGCUUUAGCUUUAGCCAGACGCCGGCUUACCACCUCGGCUUUCGCUUUGCAUACUUCUCCUCAUCUUGCAACCCCGACGCUCCAUUCCCCACAUUCCCCAUCAGCAUGCCCUCCCCAAGUCCGCCCCUCCUCCCCACCCAUUCUCCGCACGGCAGCCCCGUUGACGAGAGACACUCGCCCAUCCACAACCUGCUCAAGAGUACACCCCGAGGCUCGCCUGCGUAUGGGGAGAAGCAUGGCAAGCACAUGCCUCUGAGCGGAAAGGAGAAAGACGACGACUACAUCACCACCAAGCCCACGGGGAAGGUCAACCUCCGCGCCGCUACCAUCAUCCCUAUAUGGAUAGCCCUCUCAUCCACGGUCAUCAUCUACAACAAGUACUUGUACUCUGUUGAGCACCUCAACUUCCCUUAUCCCAUCUUCAUCACCUCGUACCACCUAGGAUGUGCGGCCCUCGGCACUCGCGUUCUGCGCGCAACGACGAACUUGAUGGACGGCCUGGAUAAGGUCCCCAUGACGCGUGACGUCUACAUCAAGCGAAUCAUUCCCAUUGGCAUCCUCUUCUCUGGAUCGCUGAUCCUGAGCAACUCUGCGUACUUGACACUUAGCGUCUCCUUCAUCCAGAUGCUGAAGGCGUUUACACCUGUAGCCAUUGUCUUGAUCUCGGCAGUCUUCAAGAUUCAGGCGCUCAACACGAAGCUGCUUGCGAUCGUUGUUCUUAUCUCGGUCGGCUGCGCAUUGUCCGCGUACGGCGAGCUCCACUUUGAGCUGUUGGGUUUCUUGUUCCAGACCAGCGCUGUGGUGUUCGAGUCUUCCCGGCUCGUGAUGAUCCAGGUUCUACUGCAGGGGCUCAAGAUGGACCCUCUCGUGUCGCUCCACUACUACGCCCCCGUGUGCUCCAUUAUCAACGCCUGCUUCCUGCCCUUCACUGAAGGCCUUGCGCCAUUCCGCGAGCUCCCGCGGAUCGGGCUAUUCAUCAUGUCUACGAACGCCCUCGCUGCGUUCGGGCUGAAUGUCGCGGCCGUGUUCUUGAUCAGUGCAGCUGGCGGCCUGACCCUCACGCUUGCCGGCGUGUUCAAGGACAUUCUCCUGAUCACGGCGAGCGUCGUCUUCUUUGGCAGCCCCGUGACACUUGUACAGGUGUUUGGUUACUCGCUCGCUCUGUCCGGGUUAUUCAUCUACAAGAAUGCGGCUGGGAAGAAGUAGCCUACGGACAUUGAGACCAAGACUCGGGUUCCAGGACUUUGGUUUCCAGCACUGUGGCUGUAAAUACAGAAUAUAGAUGUGUGCAUGGUUUAGACAAGGCACGUGGCGUGCGGUAUUAGUGUGCG